AUGAUUGACUUCUGCAGCUUCGUGUCGAUUGAAACGUUUGCGUUAAAGUAUCGUAAAACAGCCGGUGCUCCUCAGGAUAACAUGGUGGACACUGACUUUUUUGCAAGAUACAACUUGAGAUCGCAAAACUUUCUUCGAUGCCUAUUAAGCAGUAGUAGAAAGUAUUUGAUUCUCCGUAUUUACUCAUCAGCAUUACGACAACUACGCUGA